AUGUCAUCUUCCACGCCGCCACAAGCCAUCGAGGCGCAAGCGGAUGUGCAGGAUCCGGACCAGACCGACGACCAGCUCGCCUCGGCACAGGAGCGACUCGAUGAAGAGCGGGAGCGGGAGCGGGAUCGGGCCGCCGCCGCUGUCUCCUCGUCUUCAACGGCCGACACGGCGGCCUCACAGACUGCACCGCCUGCUUCGGAUGACCCGAAGAGCGGCGCCAAACGCAGUCGCAAGAGCCGCGGCGCGACGGCGGAGCAGCACGACGACCAAGGGCAGGAGACCGCAUCCAACAAGCGGACCAAGCAGCAGGCUCCCACCGAGACGACGGCGUCGCUGCAGCAGCCACCGGCACAGGCGGACGAUGCCAACGUUCGCAUCGACCGACUUCGGCUGGCGCUCGAUCGCUUCCUCGAGCUGAUCGAGUACCGCGUGACGACCGACAAGAUGUGCAAGUCGCUCCCGCGCAUGGACCGCGAGGUGCUCGAUGCCAUCCGCCAACAGUUCCUGGGGCAACUCAAGGAGGUCAUCAAGGAGGAGAACGAGAACCUGAUCCAGGAGAACGACCUCGAACACAAGCUGGCAAGUCUUCACAGGCUCGUAAAGGAGGCCGACGAGAGGUACGCAAAGGGCCUCAAGGGCGGCGAAGAGGAGGCCAAGGACGUCUGGAGGGCGGAUCUCGACAUUGAGACGGCCAUCAGCGCCCGCGCCAUACCGGAUCAGGAGGAGAGGGUGGCAGCCUUGAGAAAGGAACUGGACGAGGUGCUCGAGACGAACGCGACGAUACACGCCGACCUCAAGUCCCUGUCCGCGCGGGCCGAGGAGAAACGAUUCCUGGCAAAGGAAGCGCUCGACGCACUGGACGCUGCCAUCAACGCUCUCGAGGCAUCGCCAUCGAUGGAGAAGCAGCUCCGCGACACCAUGGAUGGCCUCUUGGCAGACCUGGGCGCUCGAACAUGA